CAACCGUCCUCAUCGCGUUGUGUGUUCCAGAGAUAGUGACUUGGAAAGUCUAUGACUGGAGAUGACAACCAACAUGAGACGAGAUGCAGCUUGCCACACCCUCUGAACAGCAUGAGUGUGACCUUUGUCACAAAUCAUAUAGACGACAGGAUCUGUUAUCUCGACACAGACGUCACUGCACGCCAAAUAAGGUCUCGUCGAAGAGGAAAUCAUGCAAUGCCUGUGUGCAGGCAAGAACAAAAUGUUCCCUAGGUCAACCAAAGUGCACUCGCUGUACAGAACGGGACCUUUCAUGCGAAUAUACCUUUGUACAAUCGCACUCCUCUGUAUCAAUCAGCCCCGGUCGCACAACCGUGGGUCCGGGCGCAGUGAAUAACAUACCAGAAAGCGCUUGUGGAAGUAUCGAGACCCGUCCAAGUCCUUGGUCGCUAGACACCAUGUUUCCUGUGGAAGUCAGCAGCAAUCAGACUAUUCAGAACCUUGUGGAUGAUGGAACGAAUUCAUUACACUGGCCAAUGCCAGAUUCACCAUCGUUAGACGGUUUCGUUGGCGGACAUGCAGCACUCGAUGGCUUGCACCCAGCUCCUGUCUUACGGAUGGAAGAAGUCUCACACACUCUUCGCGAGUAUGCGACAUCUCUGACGUUAGACGACUAUCACACACCUCUGUUACAUCGCGAGCUUUACAAUAUCUACACAUCGGAUAUCACAGCAUUACCGAAAACCACAACAGCAAUCACGUGCGCCUUGGGCUGGAAGACCUCUAGCAAUAAUACUUUCUUGAAGCGUGCGAUGGCUGCAGAACGACAGCGUCUUGUAGAAUCUUUCCCAAAUUCGUCCUGCAUAGAGGAAUGGGACAUUCUACAUUCUAUGUGGCUUUAUGAGCUGAUAGAGUUGCCUGGAGUCCCGAAGACUGUAGAUGACCAUUGGAAGCCUGGACCUCGGACUCGAGGGCUUAGUCUUCCUAUUCUUCUCAAGAUGACACGCCGUUUCUGUUUGUCGCAUCCAGAAGCCAUAAACCCCUCUGCACAAAUGAAUCGUGACGCGCUGGUCCGUUACACAACUGCGCCAUCCGCCUGGAUGACAUGGCUAGUCGGAGAAACAGCUCGCAGAACAGUUUUCUUCGCAAAUAUCGCCAACUACUUCGCCAGUAAAAGCGCUGUGACCGGCGAGCUUUCACCGUACUAUGAACCCUUAGAUGACGAGCUGAUAUGGAAUCUGCCUCUUCCCUGUAGCUCUGCAAUUUGGAAUGCACGCACCGAGCACGAAUGGUUGCAGUUAAUUCGUGCGCAAGACCCCGGUAUUAGUUCAGAAGACCAGCCAAUGUUGCUAUCUAUGGUUUUCAACCGCGAGCCGACGUUCAAGUCACUCAUGACCAACUUCACGAAAGACUACUUGCUGACACAGUAUUCUGGGAGAUAUGGCUUGGAAGAUUCAGAGUCCCUCUGUAAUUUCAUUGUACGAUGUACUUUGGAGCAAUGCUAAGGUAGACGUGGCGAAAGAACAACUGCUUCGGCAACAAGUCGCCUCUCUAGUAUUUCGGAAUUUCUUUGGAUAAUAAACAAGAUUGGAAUUAUCUAGCCUUUGGACGGCUAUUUCACAGGCUGCCACGUCAGGCUGAGAGCUCGGUUCUAGUGCGAGUAUGCCCUGGUCUCCUUAGCUUAGGCAUUAGCGUUCAGACGUCAUCAUGUUUGCACUAGCGUUAAAUACGUAUCAGCUGUUACAUCGGAAAGGCACAAGCGAUGAAUCUAAAGUCGAAUGAUAGGUUGCUUUACUCUAUUAGGUCUAUCGUUAAAAAGAUGAGCUGAAAGGAAAAGGAG